GUAGAGCGAACAACAACCAGAGAUUGAGGAAAGCGAAACAUAAACAGAAUCUAGAUAGAAAAGAUGUCUCCUCGAAUUUAGAUCAAUCCAACAUCAUUGAUAACUUCAAGAGGAAAAGGGCGUUUUCGAAAGGAUGAACUGUGAGGCCACUGUCAAGCAUUUGGAGAGCUCAGAAGACCCCCAGAAGCCCACUGAUGAAGAGUCAUGUGAGGAAGAAAUGGACACAUCAGAGGCCAAGUGGCGCUGGUUCUACCUUGCCGAGUGUGGCGUCUGGCAUAUGUUUGAAGAAGUUCCCAGCACAGGUUGUUCUGUCACCAAUGAGCAAAUCGAACAAAACUGCAUCAAGAAUCAGCAUGCUUCAAUGGACUUCUAUACUGCUAAAUAUACAUAUAAAUUAGACUUUUCUGCUAUGAAACAAGUUAAUGUGACUACUGGAAAAGAAAGGCCAAUCAAAAGGGCAUUGCAUUCAGCUACUGACUUUAGAUUUAUCUGUGAUAACCCAGCCCUUCCUGUACCCAGUCACUGGGAAAGAGUUAAUACAGAAGAACCCUAUCAGCUUAUUGCUUUAUGCAGAGAUACGUUUGAGUACAAAGAAGUGGCCCGGUUAUAUGAGAGAACCAUGAGCCAGCCCAUCAGAUCCAUUCAAAGAGUACAGAACCUGGACCUGUGGGAGUUUUUCUGCAGGAAAAAGGCCCAGUUGAGAAAGAUAAAACGUGUUAUAGAUGUUGAAGAAAAGAUGCUUUUUCAUGGAACCGGUCACAGUAACAUACAGGCCAUAUGCACAUACAACUUUGAUUGGCGUCUCACAGGAAGCCACGGUGACGUCUAUGGCAAAGGAAGUUAUUUCGCACGCGACGCAAGAUAUUCAAGCAAGUUUUGUCAUUCGACUAGCAAGCACAAUUUUAUCCUACAGAGACAUGGUCUAGCACCCCCUAUUUUCCAGAGCGACCCACCCUACAAGUGCAUGUUCCUGGCACGGGUUCUAGUUGGGGAAUAUACGCUGGGUCACCCCCAGUACUGCAGACCACCAUCCAAAGACAUGAGCAUUGCCAACUUUUUCGACAGCUGUGUGGAUGACAUGAUGAGCCCGAAGAUCUUUGUUAUAUUCGACAGCAACCAGAUCUACCCGGAAUACCUGAUUGAAUUUUACUGACAUCAAAGACCAAAAGGAAAUCAGUGCAUUUUCAAAGGAUUAACAGCGUUUUCAUUCUGAUGAACGUACUGCUCUGUGGUUGUGGCUGGUUACUGCGAAAGUGCCUUUGGUGAAAAACUGUGAAUGGACAGUAUACUGUGUCUAGGGGGCAGAUUUAAAACAUAUUAUAUGUUUUUUUUAAUAAUAUAUUCAUUUAUGAUACAAAACAGUCAUAUGAAAAUUCAUUCAUGGAAUGAAAUGAAAAAAAAAAUCAUUUGGAAUUUGUUUGCAUGAAAUGUGGCAUAACGUCCACGUUAUUUACUUUUGUAAUUUCCAGCAGUCCUGCCUUGUGGAAAAAAGGCACUGGUAGAAUGUGAUUCCAUGAAAAGUAUGUUCUCUUGAGUUAUGUUUUUCAAAUUUGCACGUGUAACAUUUUAGUACUAUUAUUUUUCAUAGCCUACCUCUCCACAAUUCUACCUCUUCUCAUAUAUUUUCAAAAGACAACAACAAAGAAACUGAUUGCCAAGAGUUUGAAUUAUGAAAUUGAAUUAUGUCUUUAAAUUGUGUUGAAAUGGACGUAGCGACAGAUCAUUUCUUCCAUAUUGUGACGUACAUCUAAGUGAAGCGGAUUAUCGGAAAAGAAAAGAAAAAACGU